ACCAAACCGACCAGCCAGCUUACAGUGCAGCAAUAAUGAAACCCAUGGUGGCGUUGCCAUUGUUUUUGACCUUCCUUCUCUUUGUAUGCUGUCCAGCGGGGGCCACCCCGGUGCCGCCAUCCCUGCCUGAUAGUCACAAAGCUUCUACAAGCAGUGUGACUGACCGUGUCGCGCUCUUGUCUUUCAGGGCACACAUAAAGAGUGAUCCAUCAAGGGCUUUGGCAUCUUGGGGCAACCAGUCCAUUCCUGUAUGCCAGUGGCGCGGCGUGGUGUGCGGCCUGAGGGGCCUGCGCCAUGGCCGGGUCAUAGCACUGGAUCUCCCUGGGCUCAACCUUCUUGGCACCAUCACACCUAAACUCGGUAACCUUACCUACUUGAGAUGGCUCCAUUUGCCACAAAAUUGCCUGUUUGGUACCCUGCCACCAGAACUCAGUGGCCUUCUUGAUCUCCGGCAUCUAGAUAUCAGUGAGAACUCCAUUGGAGGGCAGAUUCCACCGUCACUAGCUAACUGCAGGCUCCUUGAGACAAUGGAUCUCCACAGCAACAGGUUGCAACUGGAGAUACCGCACCAACUCGGCUCCCUGAAAAAUCUCCAGGUACUGAGACUUGGCUAUAACACUCUCAUAGGAAGCAUUCCUUCAAAGAUCGGCAAUCUCGUCAAUCUUAAACUUCUUGACGUUGGAGGCAACAACCUCACAGGAGAGAUACCAUCAGAGAUCGGUAAACUCAGUGAUCUUGAAUGGCUGAAUCUAAAAUUAAAUCAGUUUGUGGGAUCCAUUCCUAGUACAUUUGGAAACCUCUCAGCGUUGACCCAUCUAAAUAUCUUUUCAAACAGACUAACAGGAGGUUUCCCACCAAUGCAAGGCCUCUUAUCUCUCAGCUUCCUCGAGCUGGGAGAGAACAACCUCACAGGAAUAGUCCCUUCUUGGCUUGGAAACCUCUCCUCACUAAAGAUUAUAGAUCUUCAGAAAAAUAGUUUAGUCGGGCACAUCCCAGAAUCACUAGGAAACCUCAAGUUGCUCACAGUUCUUUCUCUCUCAUUCAACAAGCUUGUAGGAUGCAUACCGAAUCCCCUUGGAAACCUCCAUACCCUCAUUGAAGUUGAUAUAGACAACAAUGAAUUAGAAGGCUCUGUUGCCCCUUCAAUAUUCAACAUCUCCUCCCUUGAAAUUUUCAACGUACAGUCCAACCACCUAAACGGUUCUUUUCCACAUGACUUGGGCAGCGAGCUCCCAAAACUUGAACUAUUUCUAGUUGAUGAUAAUCGAUUUCAUGGUGAGAUCCCACCAGCAUUAUGCAAUACCUCUGUGAUUCAGUGGAUUCAAAUGUCUCAAAACUUCUUAUCAGGGAUGAUUCCCCAUUGUUUCGGAAUUCAACAGAAAAAUUUGUUGGUGCUGAACUUGGCACAGAACCAACUUGAAGGUACAAAUAAUUCUGAUUGGAGUUUCUUGUCAAGUCUGACCAACUGUAGUCAUUUGAAAUUGUUAGAUUUGAGUCGAAACAAGUUACAUGGUGAGCUACCAGAUCUGAUAGGCAAUUUUUCCAGGAAUCUGUUUCAUCUUAAUGUAGAGAUGAACCGCAUAACUGGAAAGAUACCAGAAAGCAUCGGGAACUUGAUUGGCUUGAAUGGACUUGGCAUGGACAGCAAUCUCUUUGAAAGAAAUAUUCCAUCAUCAAUUGGCAAUCUCAAGAAGUUGAAUAUACUAGCACUAUCUGAUAACAAUCUGUUAGGUUCGAUCCCAGUAAUUCUUGGCAAUUUAACAGUGCUUUCUAGACUUGGUCUGGAUGGCAAUGCCCUCAGUGGAGCCAUACCUUCGACUCUAAGCAGUUGUCCUUUAGAAAUCUUGUACCUUUCGCACAACAGACUCACUGGUCCAAUACCCAAGGAACUUUUUCUCAUCUCUACCUUAUCUAAUUCCCUGCUCUUAGAUCAUAAUUUGCUAACUGGACCUAUACCUUCUGAAGUAGGCAACCUCAGAAAUAUUGAGGAACUUGAUUUCUCCAGUAACAAUAUAUCUGGAGAGAUCCCUCUCUCCAUUGGUAACUGUCAGAGCUUACAAUAUCUCUCUAUAUCUGGGAAUUUCCUUCAGGGUGUAAUUCCAUUAUCAGUAGGGCUACUAAAUGGUCUCUUAGAGCUUGAUCUUUCCCAUAACAAUUUAUCUGGAAGAAUCCCAGGUUUCCUUGGAAAUAUAAGAGCCCUUACAAAUUUGAAUCUCUCAUUCAACAACUUUGAGGGUGAGGUUCCAAAGGAUGGAAUAUUUCUCAACACAUCAGCUAUCUCAAUUGUGGGCAACAACGGCCUGUGUGGAAGCAUUCCUCAAUUGAAGUUGCCACUCUGCUCCAGCCAUCCUACCAACAUGAACUCUCGAAAGAAAGCCAUGUUGAUCUCCAGUGUUGCCGGAAUACUAUUUCUCACUUCAGUGGUUGUGUUGUUUGCCAUAUUACAUUGGAGAAGUAAGCCAAGACAAGAAGAAACACAUGAAUCACAACUCAGUGGGCAACAUUUGAGAGUCUCUUAUGCUGAAUUAGUCAAUGCAACAAAUGACUUCUCAUCUGAGAACCUUGUUGGAGUAGGGAGCUUUGGUUCAGUGUAUAAGGGAAGAAUGAUGAACCAUGAUCAACAGUUAGUUGUUGCUGUAAAGGUUUUCAACCUACAAAGGCGAGGGGCAUUUAAAAGUUUUGAUGCAGAAUGUGACACUUUGAGGUAUGUUAGGCAUCGGAACCUUUUGAAAGUCUUGACAGUCUGCUCAAGCACUGACUUUCGAGGUUAUGACUUCAAGGCUCUGAUAUAUGAGUUUCUGCCAAAUGGAAACCUGCAUGAAUGGCUGCACCUGUAUCCAGAGAGGAAAGGUCAAAGGAAGGUGCUAGACCUUGUUCAAAGGAUAAGCAUUGCCAUCGAUGUGGCCUCUGCAAUUGAUUAUCUGCACCACCACAAUCCAUUUCCCAUUAUUCAUUGUGAUCUCAAACCAACUAAUGUUCUAAUCGACAACAAUAUGGUAGCUCAAGUAGGUGAUUUUGGCCUUGCAAGAUUUCUACAUGAAGACUCCAGUGACAUCUUAGAGCAGUCAACAAGUUGGGCUGCCAUGAGAGGAACUAUUGGCUAUACUGCUCCAGAGUACGGACAGGGCAAUAAUGCCUCAAUUCAAGGUGAUGUAUAUAGCUUCGGCAUAUUAUUGUUGGAGAUGUUCACCAGAAAAAGGCCAACAGAUAGUGAAUUUACAGGAGGUUCUAAUCUGCAUAAGUAUGUUGAGAUGGCAUUACCAGACCAAGCAAUCAGUGCCAUCGAUCAACACUUACUGUCAGUAACAGAUGACAGUGAACCAAGGACGCAAGACAACCAGAACAUCACAGAAAAGAGAAUUGCUUGCAUCAUUUCAGUUCUUCAAAUUGGGAUUUUAUGUUCAAAUGAUCUGCCAGCAGAUAGACCGCAAAUUGGAGAUGCUUUGAAAGAAUUACUGGUAACCAAGGAUAAACUCAUAUGUGGUAGGUAACAGGAGUGUUGUGAUACAAUUUCUAAAUUGUAAUUGUAUGAUGUUAGACGUUAGCACUCCUUAGUUUUGAUAUUGCUCAUUGAACUUCUUGGUUUCAGCUUCUGCUAAAUUCCAACCAUAUUUAAA